AUGUAUGCAGGACUUUCGAUACUAAUACUAUUACAGUGUUCUCACACGGUCGUCUCAUUUUUCAACGAAGAAGAAUGUGCGACGAUAAAGAAAUGUUUUAUUGUCCCGACGAAUUGUGAUGAGGAGAUGUGCAAAGAAAUGGGAGUCUCAUGGAGGAUCAUAGACAAUUCAACAAUGGAUAUCGAACUUUACUUAAAUUCAAAGACGUUUGAAAAUGUUUACGUUGCUGCUGGCUUCUCAAAUGAUACGCUAAUGGGAGGUGAACCCGUCGUCGAAUGUUCGUCGUUUAAAAAUUCGAAGCCGGUGUUAGCGAUGUCGAAAAACGUUGGCAAAGCGAAUUUAAGAAAUUCGUCAAUGAACGCUUUGAUACAAAGUGGAUCAUCUCGAUUCGAAGAUGGCACUGUGUACUGCAGCGGAACCGUUUCAAUACAGCAAAAUUUGAUUAGUCUUAAUGAUCCGAUUUAUAUUUUGCUAGCUCAUGGAACAACAGGAGGUCAACAUCUAAGGAAGCACAAGGAAAUUGGAGUCUCGUCGCCGACAAUUCUAUCAAAAACGAGCGAUGAUUCAGAAUGCUCUGUUUCGAAGCACUGCUUUAAUCCGAUUGGAUGUUCGAAAUGUGAAGAUAUGAAGACGUCGGUGAAAAUUUUGGACGACACAACAAUGGAAGUCGAAUUGCAACUCAACAAUGCUAGUCCAAACUCGUAUGUUGCUGUUGGAUUUUCGACGAAUGGCGAGAUGGGCAACGCGUCGGUGGUUGAAUGCGCCGCCCAUCAAGGGCGCACGAGUAUGGCGUAUUCAUUCAAUGUGAAGCAUAACGGGAAAUAUGAUAACAUACGAGGCGAGAGCAAUGAUGAAGAUGACACACAAGCCACAUUUAAUGAUGGCGUAUUGAAAUGCAAAGGUCAAUUCAAUAUCGAAGGAAGCGACAGAGAUCCAACCGUAUUUCUCUACGAGCCGGAUCAAAGAUAUUAUUUGAUAAUGGCCAGCGGCGAAACGAAAUCGGCUAACUCAUCGGUGACGCUCAAAUAUCACGGCGACAAUCGCGCAGUGUCAGAUCCGAUAAUAUUGAAUGUGUUUGAGCCGCGAAUGUCUGAUGAGACACCAACAUUUGGAAGUUUAUCGGCUGAAAGCCCGAUCGAAGAAGUUGCACCAGUCGAUUCGGCUUGUGGAAUAGAGAAGGGAUGUUUUCAACCGAAUGAUGAGUAUUCGGUGACCUACAAAAUAUUGACCGAUAUGAUGUUUGAGAUCGAGCUCCGCUCGAAAUCGCCAACCGACACUAAUGUUUACGUGGCGGUUGGUUUCUCGCCAACCGGCUCAAUGGGUCCCGCCUCGGUGAUCGAAUGCUCUUCAAUCAAUAAUGCGAAGCUCUCGUUGAAAUACUCGUACAAUUCGCCGAGAAACAAUGAGCGAAUUGAGUUAGCGAAUGAGCAAAUGCGUGAUCACAUAAUUAACCCAUCAUACAAAUUUGAAAAUGGCGAAAUUUAUUGUAAAGGCGUCAUGAUGGUUUCCGAUGUUAAUGAUAAUCGGAUAUUCCAAUAUGAUCCGAUAAAAGAGUAUCAACUUCUCUUGGCAAAAGGGACGACGACGAAUAAAGGCCUCAGCUAUCAUGGUCCCACCGGCAAGUCAACGUCGUCGGCGAGAUUGCUCAGCGAUUAUGCGGCUGGAAAUAAGACGAGCUCUCGAGCGACUUUAAUUGUAGCGCAUGCUGUCCUCAUGACUGUUGCUUGGAUGGUGCUGGUGCCGAUCGCUGUCUUAUUUGCUCGACUAAUGCGUUCCUCGUACCCAACCGUUAAACCAGGAGGCCUUCUCAUAUGGUUCCAUGUUCAUCGAACCGCCAAUUUAAUCGGAAUUCUUAUGAUGAUCGCCGGGUUCGUUGUGAUGCUCGUCAAUAAGAAGUUUAAAUUUGUUGAUUCGAGCGAGGGAUGGGGAGGCGUUCACUCGUUAUGCGGAUUGCUCGCGAUAAUACUAGCAUGGGUUCAGCCGUUUUUAAGCACUCUCCGCUGUGCACCCGAUCAUCCCAAACGGCCCUUCUUCAAUCAUGUACAUCGCGGAAUUGGUGUCUCAGCAAUGGCGCUUGCAACAACAGCGAUCGCAAUUGCUGGAUUCCAUUUCACACCGACGCGUAAUGUGGUCCAGCUCGUUCUUGCGCUGAUCCCGAUCACAUUAAUAAUUGGCUUGAGCGUAUUCUUCGUUUGCUACGAGAGAAUAAUGAGUCUCGAAUCGAAAAAUGGAAAAGAGAUAUUUGAAAUGCCGAUGGAGCCGUCUGAAAUUUCGGAGCAUGGAACGACGUGGAACAUCACGACCAAGAAGACAACAAUUGAGAAAAUCGAAGAAGCUGAAUCGACGAAAUUUCGCGAGAUUGUUGUUUAUCUGACGGUGUUGGCUCUCAUUGCGAUUGGAACAAUUUUGGCGGUGUUUUUCGGCAUUGGAAUAUGUCACGUGUUGGUGACGACAAGUCAACAACUCUAUUCCAAAGAAGGAAACGACACAAUGCGUUGGUUUUUCGUUGCUUCUUGGAUAGCAUUUGUGAGCGCCGACCAUUUCUUAUACGAUGUGACGGUUCAAUGCAAUUUGGUCGAUCGAACAACGAUCAGUGUUCAUUUCGAAGUUUACGACAAGGACGGAUUCUUAAACGGCAACGAUUUGAUAUCGGAGCCCGAAUAUCGUGAAUUCCGACCCGGAAUACAACACUUCCGUCUCAGUGGCUAUCAGGAUUUUGAUCAAUGGUUGUCGGAAUAUGAGUCGAGCGUGGUGAUUUGGCACGAUUGCACGUCGGACAAGAAGCAGGUCCGCUUGCAGCUCGACCUUCAACCGCAAUGCCCGCAAGGGACAACACUAUGCCACUAUACGAUCUCGCAUGAUCUCACAAAUAGUUGGGGGAUUUUUCAAAUUCAGGCGAAAUUCGAUCACAACUCAUAA